AUGAAUCGCAAAGACAGCAAGAGGUGAGCCUGUUAUUGCUGGGUGCCGUGGGAGAUCCUCAUUAAGAGGGUGAUAUGACUAAAUGUGUGGUUUUUCUGCCUGUGUCUGGGGCUCCCAGUCCUCGUGCGGUGGGCUGCCAGGACCCUCAGGGCUCUGGUACACCAUUAUUGGCAUGCACCCAAAGCCAACGAUUCUCCGUGGCUGCUUCCUGAUUCUGUGAACUUUCUGCUUUUUGAGUUUUUGUAGAAAUUAUGAGGAAAGCUGAGUGUGGAAACUUGCUGCUGCAGACCUAGAAAAUCUAAAUUUAUCUUAAAAUACUCAAAAUUGUGACAAUAACCCACUUUGCCAAAUCCAGUGUUCUGGUCUAAAAUUUGACGUUGGGUUUUGAAAUCAUUACAAUACAAUGUUCAUUGAAAGAAUCACAGCAGGUUCAAUUAAAACUGGAUGAAUCGACCAUAUUCACACAGGUGGUGGGUGGAUGUAAUAAUGCAGGUAGGGGUGGGUGUGAGUGGGUAUAUUAAUACCGGUGUGAGAGUGGGUAUAUUAAUAUCGGUGUGAGUGGGUAUAUUAAUGCCAGUGUGAGUGAGUGGGUAUAUUAAUACCGGUGUAAGAGUGGGUAUAUUAAUACCAGUGUAAGAGUGGGUAUAUUAAUACCGGUGUAAGAGUGGGUAAAUUAAUGCCAGUGUGAGUGAGUGGGUAAAUUAAUGCCAGUGUGAGAGAGUGGGUAUAUUAAUACCGGUGUGAGAUAGUGGGUAUAUUAAUACCGGUAUGAGAGUGGGUAAAUUAAUGCCAGUGGGUAUAUUAAUACCGGUGUGAGAGAGUGGGUAUAUUAAUACAGGUGUGAGAGACUGGGUAUAUUAAUACCGGUGUGAGAGAGUGGGUAUAUUAAUACAGGUGUGAGAGACUGGGUAUAUUAAUACCGGUGUGAGAGUGGGUAAAUUAAUACCGGUGUGAGAGAGUGGGUAUAUUAAUAUCGGUGUGAGUGGGUAUAUUAAUACCGGUGUGAGAGAGUGGGUAUAUUAAUACCGGUGUGAGAGUGGGUAAAUUAAUGCCAGUGUGACAGAGUGGGUAUAUUAAUACCGGUGUGAGAGAGUGGGUAUAUUAAUAUCGGUGUAAGUGGGUAUAUUAAUACCGGUGUGAGUGGGUGGGUAUAUUAAUACCGGUGUGAGAGUGGGUAAAUUAAUGCCAGUGUGAGAGAGUGGGUAUAUUAAUACUGGUGUGAGAGAGUGGGUAUAUUAAUACCGGUGUGAGAGUGGGUAAAUUAAUGUCAGUGUGAGAGAGUGGGCAUCUUAAUACCGGUGUGAGAGAGUGGGUAUAUUAAUACAGGUGUGAGAGAUUGGGUAUAUUAAUACCGGUGUGAGAGAGUGGGUAUAUUAAUACCGGUGUGAAUAAGUGGAUAUCUUAAUACAGGUGUAAGUGGGUGGGUAUAUUAAUACCGGUGUGAGUGGGUGGGUAUAUUAAUACCGGUGUGAGUGAGUGGGUAUAAUAAUACCGGUGGGAGUGAGUGGGUGAAUGAUAUAAUAAUACCGGUGGGAGUGAGUGGGUGGGUGGGAAUAUUAAUGCAGGUUGGAGUGGGUGGGUAUGUUAAUACCGGUGGGAGUGAGUGAGUGGGAGCAUAUAUUAAUACCGAUGUGAGUGAGUGGGUAUAUUAAUACCAGUGUGAGUGAGUGGAUGGAUGGGUAUAUUAAUACCAGUGUGGGUGAGUGAGUGGGUGGAUGGGUAUAUUAAUACUGGUGUGAGUGGGUGCAUAUAUUAAUACUGGUGUGAGUGAGUGGGUAUAUUAAUACCUGUGUGAGUGAGUGAGUGGGUGGGUGGAUAUAUUCACACAGGUGGGAGUAGGUAGGUGGGUAUACCAGUAUUCAUACAGGUGGGAGUGGGUGGGUAUAAUAAUAACGGUGUGAGUGGGUGGAUAUAUUAAUGCAGGUAAGAGAGGGUGAGUAUAUUAAUACUAGUGUGAGUGAGUGGGUGGGUAUAUUAAUACCUGUGUGAGUGAGCGGGUGGGUGGAUAUAUUCACACAGGUGUGAGUAGGUUGGUUGGUAUACCAGUAUUCAUACACGUGGGAGUGGGUGGGUAUAUUAAUAACGGUGUGAGUGGGUGGGUAUAUUAAUGCAGGUAGGAGUGGGUAGGUAUUAAUACAGAAGGGAGUGGGUGGGUGGAUAUAUUCACACAGGUGGGAGUAGGUAGGUGGGUAUACCAGUAUUCAUACAGGUGGGAGUGGGUGGGUAUAAUAAUAACGGUGUGAGUGGGUGGAUAUAUUAAUGCAGGUAAGAGAGGGUGAGUAUAUUAAUACUAGUGUGAGUGAGUGGGUGGGUAUAUUAAUACCUGUGUGAGUGAGCGGGUGGGUGGAUAUAUUCACACAGGUGUGAGUAGGUUGGUGGGUAUACCAGUAUUCAUACACGUGGGAGUGGGUGGGUAUAUUAAUAACGGUGUGAGUGGGUGGGUAUAUUAAUGCAGGUAGGAGUGGGUAGGUAUUAAUACAGAAGGGAGUGGGUGGGUGAGUGGGUAUUAAUAGCAGUGUGUGUGAGUGAGUUGGUAUAUUACUACCGGUGGGAGUAGGUAGGUGGAUAUACCGAUAUUCGCACAAGUGGGAAAUAUAAAUACCGGUGUGAGUGAGUGGGCAUAUUAAUACCAGUGUGAGUGGGUGGGUAUAUUAAUACCAGUGUGAGUGAGUGGAUGGAUAUAUUCACACAGAUGAGGCAUGGUUCCAACCUCUCUCUAGUAUAUGUAGGUGAUACUGACUGAUAUACUUUCCAGUAUAUGUGGAUAAUACAGAUUGAGCUCCUAAACAGUAUAUGCUGGUGAUUUUCCCAUUUCUUUGUGUCCUCAGGAAAUCUCGCCUGGACCUUUCUAACCAGACACUGAGCAGCAAUGGGGUAUUUAUUACAAUCAAAGGUCGGCCGAGGCGGAGCAGGAGGAGGAUGACUUGUCCCUCCCCCGCUGAAAUCAAUAAAGCUAUGGUCGCAGUGACGCUAGCACCGCUGGGGAAGGGCUGCACCCUGGAGGAACUGCUGGAAAAGUGCAUUCAGUCAUUCGGUAAUGGCGGCGGGAGUAAAUCCCCAGAAUGAAUUCAGUAAAAUCAAUCUCCACAAGAUUACAUUCCAUGUAACAUAGAACAUGCACCAAUAACGUGUAACACGUAACGCAGCCUUACAUGCAAUACGGUAGCAUUAGAGCACAUGUCCACCUUGGGAGAGGGUGGGGAACAGAUAAAAGGUACUGAGAUAGGAUGAAAAGAUGAUUAUAAUUUCUGUUAUUUUUUUUGUGAAGAUCUGGAAGGGAAUCUGUGGCGGAACGAGGACACGGUACACAUGACACUUGUCAUGCACAGCUGGGUGGUGCCAUCUGAUGAAUUUGCACAAAAGCUUCUUCAGCUAUAUCCUUCUCAGUGUAUGGGGCUCAAACAUAUCACUCUUAUCAAUCCAAACAUAUGUGACCAGUGGCCAGAUGAUACACGUGGAGCCAGGUCUAUUGGUCAGAUGUUGUACGUGGAGCUAGGCCUAUUGGCCAAAAGUUGCCUGUGGAGCUAG